CUCGAGAAGCGCACGUGCCUUCGUUACAUGUCAGCUGCGUCUAUUUACCCUGCCUGCCAGUCGGACCAUCCAGGUGUAUCCGGCUGAGGCUUUUGGGACCUUACUAGGAGAACGGCGACAAAGUACCAGUAGGAGAUUCAAGAUUCAUGGAAUACCUAAAUCCAGGUCCAAUCUGUGGUUGAUAAUGCAACCAGACAAAGAUACCUUUAGUCAUGUUCAGUCAUCUGGUGGAAAAGCUGCUCUGUUGUAGCUGAGAGCUAGUGCUAUGGAGUCUGCAUUGUUGAAUUUGGACUUGCCAUCAUCUCUUGUCAUGAAGGCAGAGAAAGAAAUACAAGAGAUAGCUGCAAGGCGGGAUAGAGAUGUUCAGGCCUUCAAGGACAUGAUACAAAAAGAAGAAAGCCUUGAUGCCUGUCUGGAUGACAGAUUCCUCAUUCGAUUCCUCAGGGCUCGCAAAUACAACCAUGAUCGUGCCCUAAGAAUGCUAAAAACAUACUAUGCAAUGAAGGCUGCCUACCCAACACUAUUCACUCAGUUGCAACCCUCUCUCCUGACAUCAGUUUGGAGCCAGAAUAUAUAUCAUGGCUUGACCGAUCAGGAUGAUGAAGGAAGAUCUGUGAGCAUUCUUCAGCUAGGUUUAUGGGACCCAAGUGUGAGCAGUGUGGAGGAGAUGUUUCGUGCUGUCCUUGCAUGUCUAGAAUAUGCAAGCAUGGACCCUUCAAUACAAGUGUGUGGUGUUGUGGGCAUUUUUGACUGCAAAGGUCUAGCUUUUCAUCAUGCUAAACAUUUCACCCCUUCUCUUGCUCAGAAAGGUGCUUCUGUUCUCAAGGAUUGCUUCCCUAUUCGAUUCAAGGGGAUUCAUGUUCUGAAUGAGCCCCUCAUAGUUGACAUGCUAUUUUCAAUGCUGAAGCCAUUCCUCAGUACCAAGAUCUUGACUCGAUUCCAUUUUCAUGGAGAAAACCUUGAGAGUCUUCACCAACAUGUACCUAAAAGGAUCUUACCAUGCCUCUAUGGAGGGGAGAAGCCAACACUUGAUGGUUCAUAUCAUCUUCAAAAACUAAUGGAUUUUGAGCAAUGGCUUAAAGAUUUGGACAAUUAUGGUUACCAGAGCAAAGUGCCUGCAAAAAAGGUCCUCAACUCAGGGAAGGGCAACAUUUUUACUAGAUAUUUCUUUUCCUGAGGCAGGUUGUGAAAAUUUUAGCCUUCAACUAUGCUUGUGAUACUUGCAGCAGGGUCAUGUUAUGGAUCCUCUCUCAUGAGCUAACAUCCAGUUCACACUUUUUGUUGGUAUCUCAAUCUUUUUUGCAAGCAUUCUCUCAACUCAAAGUCAUUACUUGAAAUGUGUUAUGUCAUAGAAAUAUUGAGGGAUCUUUUUAGGGGGUUAUUCAAGUUUGCUUAUUUAUUUCUAUAAUUUGAAAAAGAAAGUAUGUUACAUAUGAUACUUUAGCAUCAUAUGUCACCGGUGUCUUUCUCAGAAGUAUCAUAUUUCACAUUUUUAUUCCAGUGAUGUUGUAGAGCUUUAUCUUCUUACUCUCAUUCUAUUGUUUCCAAGAGAGGGUCCAGUUUAGAAGUAGUAUAUUAAAUGGAAUUAGCUGAAACUGUGUUCCUGGAUGAAGUUACUAUGUGGUAUCUUUUGGUUUAAAAAAAAAAGAAGUUUCAUCAGAAGUAUGAUGUAAUUUGCAGCUCAUAUGCCAUUUAAGUACUGGUAAGUACAGUAAUGAUUUUAUUGGAAAAAAGAUUCUGCUAUGCACUGAUCCUAAACUUGAAAGAUUCUGCUUUAGAUUCAAUGACCCAAGAAAAUUUGGAAAUUGUUUAUAUCAGGUCUUGCUCGUGAUGUCGAAAUUAGCCCUGAAUGUAAUGUGCAAGAUAGCAAAUGCAAUUAUUUUCCCUGUGAACAUGUGAUAACAUUUUUCUUUAAUGGUUUUAUGAAUCUUUAGCCUACUCUUUUCAUGUAGUCAGUGGAAAUGCAUUCCAUACAUACGUUCCCUUUUUAUUUUUGCUUGACCUUUCUGAGUUGCAAAUUGCAGGUUGGAUUUCUUGCAGUAUAUGAAACCUUGAAUUUGGGUGCUUCAUGAAAUACUUACUAUGUAAGUGCUAUGUUGCUUUUGUGAUGUUUUUCUGUUUCUUCAAGGGAUGCAUUUUGGAGUGAUUUCACAAGAUCAUAAUCAAGAUCAUUCAUUGUUGCAUUCCUAGAAAUAAAAGACUUAUCAU